GCUUUACGGGGCGAGAAGUUGAGUUGGUUAGGCUGUGUUUCAAGCGGAGAGGGAAGUCCGGACAUGAGAGCCUUCAACGGGUAGAAAAGACGCGUCUUUGUUGUGCUCGGGCGAGCGGCAUCAUGACGCCGCUGCUGCGCUCCAGCUGCUCUCUCUGGACCGUCCUGCUCUGCAGCGCUCUCCUCGAAGGCAUCAGAGCAGACUGCAACAACACAUACAAUGAAGAAAUCAAAGAAGGAUUAAGUAAAACGACAACAAAUGUCACUUUGAAACCUCAAACUGCAUCAUCAAACUGCAGCUUAAUCACCAAUAACAUCACUGGAAUUGGCUCUCUAACAUCUCUGACUCCUGGAACCGUCUAUCAGAUUUUCUUUCAGUGCUCUAACUGCUCCAACAACAUCACAACCGAUCCAGAGGCGGUCACCAAUCUUAAGGCCUCUGUUGUCACAACAUCCUCCAUUCUUGUGAGGUGGGACAAACCUCCUGGAAAAAGCUCCUCCUACAAAGUACUGUGGACGGAUGGAAACAACAGGAAUGCAACAGUGGACCAAGAAAGUAAAAACAUUACUGACCUGUCUGCUGGUGUCCAGUAUAAAAUAAUUGUUUCUGCUGUAGCAGAAGAUAAUCUGACUGAAGGAACAACGGCCACUUUGUCUCAGUACACGAAGCCCAACAAACCCACAAAUCUCAUUUUUACUAACAUCACAACAACUUCUAUACAUCUGACCUGGAAUGAAGCUUCGGAAAACAACUUCAUCUAUAAAGUACAGUGGACAGAUGGAGCAAAUAUCCAAAGUACCAAUGUCACUGAGACCAAUCACAAUGUGACUGAGCUGACUCCUGGAGGCCACUACUGUUUUACUGUCACUACAGUGGCUGGAGAUAAUGUAACGACAAGUGAUAAUGACACCACGUGUCACUACACAAAGCCUGAAGUAGUCAGAAAUGUUUCUGUGUAUAAUUUCACGACAUGGUCCGUGUUUGUGACCUGGACUAAACCAGAGGGAAACAGCUCCUUCUAUAGACUUCAGUGGACAGGUGGACACAUGACUGAGUCUGUAAAUGUGUCUGACACAUCUAAGAACAUCACUGACCUGACUGCUGGUGUCCAGUAUGUGAUAAGUAUCACUGCAGCAGCAGGUGAUGGUUAUACUGAAGGAGCGAGUGUCUCUGUGUCUCAGUACACAAAUUACUUUACUCCUGAUUUUCUCACACAUUCUCUUAUGUCCUGCUUGUGUGAGUCAUCGUUGGUUUCAUCCUCAUCUUCAUGUAUUUGUCCUCCACUAACAGAGCCUGAAGUAGUCAGAAAUGUUUCUGUGUAUAAUUUCACGACAUGGUCCGUGUUUGUGACCUGGACUAAACCAGAGGGAAACAGCUCCUUCUAUAGACUUCAGUGGACAGGUGGACACAUGACUGAGUCUGUAAAUGUGUCUGACACAUCUAAGAACAUCACUGACCUGACUGCUGGUGUCCAGUAUGUGAUAAGUAUCACUGCAGCAUCAGGUGAUGGUUAUACUGAAGGAGCGAGUGUCUCUGUGUCUCAGUACACAAAGCCAGAUGUAGUCAGGUAUCUCUCAGUCACUGAAACCACAACUUCCUCUGUACAUCUGAACUGGACCGAACCUUUGGGAAACAGCUCUUUCUAUAAAGUACAGUGGACAGAUGGAGCAAAUAUCCAAAGUACCAAUGUCACUGAGACCAAUCACAAUGUGACUGAGCUGACUCCUGGAGGCCACUACUGUUUUACUGUCACUACAGUAGCUGGAGAUAAUGUAACAACAAGUGAUGCUGACACCACGUGUCACUACACAAAGCCUGAAGUAGUCAGAAAUGUUUCUGUGUAUAAUUUCACGACAUGGUCCGUGUUUGUGACCUGGACUAAACCAGAGGGAAACAGCUCCUUCUAUAGACUUCAGUGGACAGGUGGACACAUGACUGAGUCUGUAAAUGUGUCUGACACAUCUAAGAACAUCACUGACCUGACUGCUGGUGUCCAGUAUGUGAUAAGUAUCACUGCAGCAGCAGGUGAUGGUUAUACUGAAGGAGCGAGUGUCUCUGUGUCUCAGUACACAAAGCCAGAUGUAGUCAGGUAUCUCUCAGUCACUGAAACCACAACUUCCUCUGUACAUCUGAACUGGACUGAACCUUUGGGAAACGGCUCUUUCUAUAAAGUACAAUGGACAGAUGGAGCAAAUAUCCUAAGUACCAAUGUCACUGAGACCAAUCACAAUGUGACUGAGCUGACUCCUGGAGGCCACUACUGUUUUACUGUCACUACAGUAGCUGGAGAUAAUGUAACAACAAGUGAUGCUGACACCACGUGUCACUACACAAAGCCUGAAGUAGUCAGAAAUGUUUCUGUGUAUAAUUUCACGGCAUCGUCCGUGUUUGUGACCUGGACUAAACCAGAGGGAAACAGCUCCUUCUAUAGACUUCAGUGGACAGGUGGACACAUGACUGAGUCUGUAAAUGUGUCUGACACAUCUAAGAACAUCACUGACCUGACUGCUGGUGUCCAGUAUGUGAUAAGUAUCACUGCAGCAGCAGGUGAUGGUUAUACUGAAGGAACGAGUGUCUCUGUGUCUCAGUACACAAAGCCAGAUGUAGUCAGGUAUCUCUCAGUCACUGAAACCACAACUUCCUCUGUACAUCUGAACUGGACCGAACCUUUGGGAAACAGCUCUUUCUAUAAAGUACAGUGGACAGAUGGAGCAAAUAUCCAAAGUACUAAUGUCACUGAGACCAAUCACAAUGUGACUGAGCUGACUCCUGGAGGCCACUACUGUUUUACUGUCACUACAGUGGCUGGAGAUAAUGUAACAACAAGUGAUGCUGACACCACGUGUCACUACACAAAGCCAGAUGUAGUCAGGUAUCUCUCAGUCACUGAAACCACAACUUCCUCUGUACAUCUGAACUGGACCGAACCUUUGGGAAACAGCUCUUUCUAUAAAGUACAGUGGACAGAUGGAGCAAAUAUCCAAAGUACCAAUGUCACUGAGACCAAUCACAAUGUGACUGAGCUGACUCCUGGAGGCCACUACUGUUUUACUGUCACUACAGUGGUUGGAGAUAAUGUAACAACAAGUGAUGCUGACACCACGUGUCACUACACAAAGCCUGAAGUAGUCAGAAAUGUUUCUGUGUAUAAUUUCACGACAUGGUCCGUGUUUGUGACCUGGACUAAACCAGAGGGAAACAGCUCCUUCUAUAGACUUCAGUGGACAGGUGGACACAUGCCUGAGUCUGUAAAUGUAUCUAACACAUCUAAAAACAUCACUGACCUGACUGCUGGUGUCCAGUUUUUACAGGGACUUUAUUCUAAAGGAGACUUUAAUGGGUUUUCAAAUUCUGAUCCAUCUGACACCUUUCCUCUCACAGAGCCAGAUGUAGUCAGGUAUCUCUCAGUCACUGAAACCACAACUUCCUCUGUACAUCUGAACUGGACCGAACCUUUGGGAAACAGCUCUUUCUAUAAAGUACAGUGGACAGAUGGAGCAAAUAUCCAAAGUACCAAUGUCACUGAGACCAAUCACAAUGUGACUGAGCUGACUCCUGGAGGCCACUACUGUUUUACUGUCACUACAGUGGUUGGAGAUAAUGUAACAACAAGUGAUGCUGACACCACGUGUCACUACACAAGUAAGAUGAUGUGCUGGAAUUUUACUGACCGCUGCCUUAUUUUCCUACUGAAUAUUCAUUAUUCAUCUUCUCUUCAUUCAUCGUUGGUUUCAUCCUCAUCUUCAUGUAUUUGUCCUCCACUAACAGAGCCUGAAGUAGUCAGAAAUGUUUCUGUGUAUAAUUUCACGGCAUCGUCCGUGUUUGUGACCUGGACUAAACCAGAGGGAAACAGCUCCUUCUAUAGACUUCAGUGGACAGGUGGACACAUGACUGAGUCUGUAAAUGUGUCUGACACAUCUAAGAACAUCACUGACCUGACUGCUGGUGUCCAGUAUGUGAUAAGUAUCACUGCAGCAGCAGGUGAUGGUUAUACUGAAGGAGCGAGUGUCUCUGUGUCUCAGUACACAAAGCCAGAUGUAGUCAGGUAUCUCUCAGUCACUGAAACCACAACUUCCUCUGUACAUCUGAACUGGACCGAACCUUUGGGAAACAGCUCUUUCUAUAAAGUACAGUGGACAGAUGGAGCAAAUAUCCAAAGUACCAAUGUCACUGAGACCAAUCACAAUGUGACUGAGCUGACUCCUGGAGGCCACUACUGUUUUACUGUCACUACAGUGGCUGGAGAUAAUGUAACAACAAGUGAUGCUGACACCACGUGUCACUACACAAGUAAGAUGAUGUGCUGGAUCUUUACUGACCGCUGGCUUAUUUUCCUACUGAAUAUUCAUUAUUCAUCUUGUCUUCAUGUCUGCUUGUUUGUUUUCCUGUGUUAUAUUUCUUUACUACUGAUUUUUCUCACAUAUUUCUGCUUGUGUGAGUCAUUGUUGGUUUCAUCCUCAUCUUCAUGUAUUUGUCCUCCACUAACAGAGCCUGAAGUAGUCAAAAAUGUUUCUGUGUAUAAUUUCACGACAUGGUCCGUGUUUGUGACCUGGACUAAACCAGAGGGAAACAGCUCCUUCUAUAGACUUCAGUGGACAGGUGGACACAUGACUGAGUCUGUAAAUGUGUCUGACACAUCUAAGAACAUCACUGACCUGACUGCUGGUGUCCAGUAUGUGAUAAGUAUCACUGCAGCAGCAGGUGAUGGUUAUACUGAAGGAGCAAGUGUCUCUGUGUCUCAGUACACAAGACCAGGUAAAAUUGGUUCUCCCAGUCUGUCCACAAACACGACUUCCAUCUCCUUGAACUGGGCUUCACCUACUGGUCAAGUGUUCAUGUACAAGGUGGUGUGGGAUGAAGCUGGAGGUUCACAACCUUUAUCUGUAUUUACGAACAAAAACUCUUCUGUACUAUCAAACUUGAUCCCCGGCACUUCCUACACCAUCACGAUUACUGCCGUAGCUGGAGACAACCAAACAGAAGGAGAGCCCUGCACAGUCAAUGAUGCUACAGAACCUGCAGUGGUUGGAAAUCUCACAGUGGAUUCUGUCACAACAUCAUCUGUGGUGCUAAAAUGGACCAAAAAAGCAGGCAAAGCUGAUUCGUACAAGAUUCAGUGGAAUUCUGAAGAAAGUAGCCACACCACUAUCACCACUAACACAACCCACCACACCAUUGAACAGUUAGUUCCUGGAGUCCUGUAUAACAUCACAGUGACAGCUGUUGCAACAAAAGAAGGGGCCGCGGAUUUCAUAAACACCUAUACAAGACCUGAAAAGCCUGAGAAUAUUACAGUUACAGGAAGAGGAACGGACGAAUUAAACAUCACCUGGACUUUGACUCGGGGAAUGGUUGAUCAUUACGUCUUGAACGUCUCAAAUGAUGACCCGAUGUACCUGAUAUCCCAAAAAUCUUCAGUCAACAUGGCCAGCAUCACCGGUUUACACGCCGGGAGGCUGUUUGUCAUCACAGUGAUUUCUGUAGCAGGGGGCUUUGAAAACAGUUCUAGUACCUCGCUUGCCACUGUUCCCACAUCCCCUGGCUCCAUCAGCUUCAGUCACAGGACCAAUUCUUCGCUCCAGGUGGACUGGACAACGCCGCAUAUGAUGGAUGGUGCCCCUAACAUCAGCUACUCUAUCAAAUAUGAGUCCAGGGAUGGUGAUACACUAACUAAUCAGUCCACAGUUAAUAGCACGCAUCUAUCUGACCUUAAGUCUGGAACCCUCUACAACAUAACUAUAGAAACGGUCGGACCCCAAAAUUUAAGAAGCACCCCUCUCCAUGAUUCAACAUACACCUUGCCAAACCCGGUGUUGAAUGUUGUUGCCAGCUCAAGCUCAACCACUUCAAUAGAAGUGACAUGGUCAGACCCGCUGGACGUCAAGCAGUAUUACGAAUACUUAGUUGAAGUGCACAAUUCCACGGGAGGACUCGUUCACACCAAAACAGUCAACAUCACCAGCUAUAAUGCAUCUGACCUGCAGCCAGGAUCAAGAUACGAUAUCAGUGUCACUACAGUAGUUGCGGGAGAAUUUAAAUCCGCUACGGUCCACAUUUUCACUUACACACAGCCCAAAGCAGUGACCAACCUCACCGCAGUAGUUGUGAACUCAACAACCAUCUUGCUGACAUGGGACAGACAAAGUGAUUAUAAGGCAACCUACUCCUAUCUGGUGGAAGAACGCCACAACACUGGGGCCCAGAACCGUACCACAACGACUGAAACGUUAAUCAUCCCCCUUCUGAUUCCUGGAACCCAGUAUACGUUUCAUGUGUCUGCAGUUGUGGAAGGAGUCUCAUCCAAAAGAGAACGUAUAGAGAAAUACACAUUACCUGAAAACGUUUUGGACCUUACAGUCAUAGGAGGCACAACUACCCUGAACGUGUCCUGGACAAAGGCGGUUGGCCCGGUGUCCUCAUACACUGUCCAGGUGUACAUGGGCAACCUUUUGGUGGAAAGUAACACAGAUCUGAAAAAUGGCACAGAACACACGCAGUUUUCUCACAAGAUUCCAGGAGUACUUUACUGCGUGAAGCUGGUCACCAUAAGUGGACCAGUUGAGAGUACGAGUGAAACUUGCAAUGCCACUCUUCCCACCCCCCCUGGUCCCAUAACAGUGGACUACCAGACUGUCAGUUCCAUCAACUUUACAUGGUCCCUUCCAGACGGCAUGAAUCAUAGUCAGUACAACUUCAGUGUGUCAAACUCUUCUGGAUCUUACGUUACUAAAGACACCUGGUUUCUGUUGAAACAUCUUGAGUCUGGAAGCCCCUAUCAAAUCUCUGUUGUCACUGUUGGUGUUUGGGGGUAUGAGAGCACAACCGUGACGACGGAAAAUUAUACCAGGCCGUAUUCUGUAAACAACUUACACCAGACGGAUAUUAGCACGGGUUCAGUGACCUUGGUGUGGGAGCAGCUAGAGAGCAAACCAAGCUACUCUUAUGAGGUGAAGGUCAUUGACCCCACCCCUGCCGCACCGGCUAUUGUGAAGGAAAUGAAUACAACAGUCCAUGGGCUUGAAUCUGGACGCAACGUCAGCUUCACCGUCACUACACUGACAGCAGAUGGCACACAAGCAGAACCGGUGCCAGUUUCCUAUUUCACACGUCCAUAUCAUAUUACGGAGUUGAAGGCCAUUACUUUAAACACAACUACUAUUCGCCUUAAAUGGACAAAACCAUUUGGGUACAAGGAUUAUUAUAAAUAUUUGGUACAGAUAGGUGACAAUGACACCAAAUUCCCAACCUUGGAUGAGGAAAGUACGAUCUCAAAGCUCAUCCCUGGAACCAAUUACACCUUCUGUGUUACUGUCCUUGCGGCAAAAGACGCAGAAGGGGAGCAACGCUGCAUCUCUCAGUACACAAAGCCCGAGAGGGAACAGCCCAGCAUCUCCAAUGAGCUCUCCAACAGUUCAGUCAUGGUGUCAUGGAAUAAACCUCCUGGAAAUGUAGAGAACUAUGUCCUUCACUUAAACAGCACAUCCGAAGGGUACACCAAACAGCUGGAUAGUAGCAGCACCUCCUUCACGUUCAACAGUCUGUCAGCUGGAACCCUUUACAGCGUCUUGCUGGCUACACAAAGCGGACCGUUCAAUGCAUCAUCUGAAUUUGUUACAACUGCAACUUUCCCUAACCCUCCUGGACCAAUUGAGAUCACGAAAACAACAAAUAGCUCCAUUGGACUUAAGUGGGAAGAGGCUCCUCUAAUGACUGGUGCAUCGUUUCACUACGUAUUGAACUACACCCUGUCGGAGAAUGCUAGUCAACAACAGGACAUCAUCAUCCCCUCUGCCAACACCAGUGUCACUCUGUCCCGCCUGGAUUCUGGGACUCCUUACUCCAUCACUCUUAAAACCGUGGGACCGAUGAACUUUGAGAGCAACAGUGUUGGCGGGAACAAUGUCACCACAAGACCACUGAGCGUGAGGUCUCUCAACUCCACUACAAAGGAGACAAGCAUCAAAGUUACGUGGACCAAACCUCAGGAUUACAAGGAAAACUAUCGUUACAAUUUGACGUGGCAAGGCUUAGAUAAAAGCAACAGCAUCACUCUUCAGGACCCUGUGCAUGUCAUCAAUAACCUGAAACCUGGUAGCGCCUAUGCCAUCAGCGUCAACACAGAGACCUCUGACGGAACACAGAGUGUCACCAAAUGGAUUAACAACUGCACAAAUGCAAGCCCUGUGACAGAUGUCAAGUGUUAUGGACCAAACUUAACAGACGCUGAACUCAUACUGUCCUGGACUGAACCCGCUGGCCAGAGCUCUGGCUUCCAGAUAAUCGCUGAAGCUGGGGCGGAGUUGAACGAGAGUGCUCAGUGCUGUAAACACAAUGUUUCUGGCCUUAAAUACAACACUGAAUAUAAUUUGAGAGUGACAACUCAAAGCUGUGGACGGCCCAGUACUCCUGUAUCUAAAAGCUGCCGCACAGGCAUCACAUAUGCUCUGCCUCCAAAAAACCUCUCAGCAUUUUCAGAAGAGAUUGGACGCCAGCACGACCAGUUCACCAUUCAGAUUAACUUGAGUUAUCUAGACUACUCCAGAGGACCAAUCACACAUAUUGGAGUGCUGAUUGGAAGCAAGUCCACCAUUAACGACACUGACGGUCCUAGUUUGAGGAAGUACUUGGGGAACACCUAUGAUGAGUUUGUACAUUCGCCCAACAUAGCAUACCUGGCAACAGUGAAAAGCAACUCUUUUAACUCACGCAGCAGUGAGGAAACGCUAACAUUUGUAUUAGGAGAUGAAUCCACAUGGAAUGGCUACACCAACGGUCGUCUUACAUCCUCUUCCUACAGAUAUGCCUUUGCAAUUUUCACCACUAUGGAGCUGAACCAGAAUAAUCUUGUGGAUACCAGCACAACACUGGUCACAGUGACAGAAUUUCAUAAUACUAUCAUAAUACUUCCACAACAACCAGUCAGCUCUGCAAUGGCUAUUGGAGUACCAUUGGGAAUUUUUGCAAUACUGUUCAUCAUCCUCUUGGGAUUCAUUAUCUACUGGAAAAGAAUAUACAAGAAGGAAGUAUCAGACAUUCAAAUUCAUUCUAUGAGAGCCAGAGUAAGUGCGGCUGUGAGGGUGGAGGACUACGAUGCUUACUACAGAAAGCAGAAAGCAGACUCCAACUGUGGGUUUGCUGAAGAAUUUGAGGAUCUGAAGCUUGUCGGUACAGGUCAGUCAAAAAUCCAUGCCCUGACUGUGGAGAACAAGCCCAAAAACCGCUACAACAACGUGCUUCCUUAUGACUCCUCAAGGGUGAAACUCUCUAUUGUCCAUGGAAGUCCAUAUGAUGAUUACAUCAAUGCUAACUACAUGCCGGGUUACCUCUCCAGGAAAGAGUUUGUCGCAGCUCAAGGCCCUCUGCCGACAACAGUGAACGAGUUCUGGAGGAUGAUCUGGGAAAAGAACGUGCAGACGCUGGUCAUGCUGACACGCUGUAAUGAACAGGGACGAGUUAAAUGCGAGCAGUACUGGGAUCCUGGCACGAAGCACUUUGAUGAAAUUACUGUGACAACAACCUCUGAAAUACCACUUGAUGACUGGACCAUCAGGGACUUUGACAUUAAAAAUGUGAGAACAGCAGAGGUGCGUUCAGUUCGUCACUUUCACUUCACAGCAUGGCCAGACCAUGGAGUCCCAGAAACCACAGAGCUCCUCAUCAGCUUCAGACAUUUAGUCAGAGAGCACAUGAACCAGUACUCCAGGAACUCUCCUACUCUGGUCCACUGCAGUGCUGGGGUUGGGCGCACGGGCACUUUCAUAGCCAUCGAUCGUCUGAUCUUCCAGAUCGAAAGGGAAAACAUCGUGGAUGUUUAUGGGAUUGUUUACGAUCUGCGAAUGCACCGGCCGCUCAUGGUGCAGACAGAGGACCAGUAUGUGUUCUUAAACCAGUGUGCUUUGGACGUCAUCCGGUCCAGAACGGGGAACAACGUGGAUCUAAUCUACCAAAACACAGCUGCACUCUCGAUUUAUGAGAAUGUCCUACCCAAAAAAAGGGUUGCGUAGAUUUAUUCAGCUCUCCCAUCUCUCUCAGUGUCUCACAAGAAACAAACCCAGCAGACACGAGUAAAGGGAAUGAAUGCUUUUAGAUUUUACUGUAUUUAUUUUUCUAUUAAUCAUAUUAUUGCUCAGAAUCUUACAGCAGUCAGGAUUUGAAUCCGUUUGUUGUAUUUAUUUUUGUCCAACAAAUGUUGGAAUGUUCAAAAUGGCGGGAAGAAUGCAAAAAAAAAAAAAUGAAAUAGUGAACAUAAUCACAGACCAGAACUUUGUGGACUAUUUGUAAACUUUGUCUUGAAUUCUUUCUCAUGACAGCAUAUUUUUGUAUUGCACAGUUGUUUUAUAUUUACUGAUCGCUGGCUACUGUAAAUGACUUGGAUCAUUCUUUUUUUUUUUUGCUCAGGUAGCGUGUUGGAUGCUGUAUAGGUCUUUUUACAGACACUUUUGAUGAAGAUAAACUUGGAAUAGACUUGUACAAAACGAAUGCUGGUAAAUACUCUGUGCCUUUUAACAUACUGUAUGCUUCAACACCAAUAGGUGGCACUCUUUUGUUGUGUUUUUUCUUUUCAUUUCGGUUUUUCAAAGGCAAAUAGGGACUAUAUGAUGUUAUUGUUUAAGGAAUCUUAAGUUAUGCGGUUAUUUCCUUUUUCCAAACAGUUAAGGCAAUAUGAACUGUGCAAUGUGUUUUACAUGAAGGAAUUUUGUUGUUAAUUUAUAUACACUGCAAGGUAAAUAAUGCACUGGAUGCAUUUAUCUUCUACACUGUCCAUUUUAAACAAUUGAGAUGUUUUUUUUGUUUUUUUUUAUAUCAGUAGUGUUUGUUACAUUUUGGCCAGUGAAAACGAAUAUUUGAAUGAAUACCUGUCACCCCUCAUUUGAUUGUUGCAGCUCAGGAACUGAAUGCAAGAUGAACACUUUACUGUAAAUUAUGGUGUUACAAAAACAAAUAUCUAUAUACCCAUGCUGCAGCAGUGUGCACUGUCAGAAGUCUUUUCCAUUUUUUGUUUUGUUGAUCUCUGUUUUUUCUACACUGAACAUUCCCCAAACAAAGCGUAAUGCUGUGGGACUGCCUCUUAAACAUCUGAUCCAUCUUUAGUCAUUUCCUUUGAGGUUCAAAACACCAGAAAAACACAAGUUUUCCUGGUGAAUACCUCUAGAGUCUAGAGAACAGAUUUUUCCAUGAUGCAGGUACGUUUUUGCAGAUGCUCCUAUAAGCUCAUGUUCUACUUUCAUUAUAUCAUUGUGUAAUUAUUGGAUGCACUUAUUUUUAAUGGCAAGUAAGAAUAGAAAAUGGUCAUGGUUUUUAUUUUUUAAAUGCUUUAUGUGAUGCUUGCUGGUUCAAUGCAAUUAUAUAAAAUGAGCUAAGAAUGUAUAUGUUUAUCUUCCAGUAUAUCAAAUCAAACGGGAUUAGAGAUGUUACUACACUGUGUUGUCAGUCUCCUCUUUAAUAGACCCUGCCAGCUUUAGAAUGAUUAAUUAAAGCUUUAUUCUCUCUA